AUGUCUGUGCAACAGGUUCAGAGCAUCGAUAUUUACCACGGCCUGCCAGUCUACGAUGACAGUCUUACAGGCUUGACUGCCAUCAUCACUGGUGCCAACGGAAUAUCUGGUUACCACAUGCUGCAAGUGCUCUCACGGUCUCCGUCCAGAUGGCGCAAGAUAUACUGUUUGAGCAGAAGGCCUCCGUACAUGCCUGGCGGGCUACCAUCCAAUGCUGAGCACGUGGCUCUGGACUUCCUGAAGACGCCAGAGGAGAUUGCUGCAACGCUGAAGGACAAGGGGGUCCAAGCAGACCACAUCUUCUUCUUUGCCUACCUGCAGCCCAGCCCUAAGGCGGGCGGCGGCCUGUGGUCGGACGCGGGGGAGAUGUGCCGAGUGAACUCGCAACUGCUGGACAACUUCAUCGGUGCCCUGAAGAUGGCGUCAAUCAAGCCCAAACGGUUCAUGCUGCAGACUGGAGCAAAGAACUAUGGCGUGCACCUGGGCGCUACUAAGGUCCCCCAAGAGGAGUCUGAUCCGAGGGUAGAGAUUGAACCCAAUUUUUACUACCCUCAAGAGGAUUCGCUGUUCAAAUAUUGCCGCGAGGAGGGGGUUGGAUGGAAUGUACACAUGCCCGGUGCGAUCCUAGGGGCCGUCCCCGACGCUGCGAUGAACAUGGCAUUCCCGCUCGCUGUCUAUGCGUCUGUCUGUGCCGAGCUCAAGCAGCCCUUGGAAUGGCCCUCGGGCGUCGAGGCGUGGCAGAUGCAUUCUUCCAUGAGCAGUGCAAUGCUGAAUGCCUUCAUGGAGGAGUGGGCAGUAUUGACGCCAGCCGCCGAAAACCAGCGGUUCAAUACCUCGGAUGACAGUUUGUUCACGUGGGAAGGCUUCUGGCCCCGCUUGGCUGGCUGGUACGGUGUUGACUGGAAAGGGCCUGACCCGGAGGCUACCUAUGUCGAGAGGCAGGUGCCUCACAAUCCGAGAGGCUAUGGGUCGAAUGCCACAGUCAGGCAGAAGUUCAGUCUCACGGAAUGGGCCAAGGGCCCCGAAGUCCAAGAAGCAUGGGGAAAGAUCGCGGACCGUCAUGACCUGGCCUGCCGGGAACUGAAAGACGUCGACCGAGUGUUCGCCUUCCUCGAUGGGUCGACAACUCGGGCCGGCCCACUGUUGCUCAGUAUGGACAAGAGCAGAAAGUUGGGAUGGCACGGGUUUGUGGACACGUCCGAGUCGUUGCUCUCCGUGUUCGACAACUUCGCGCGGAUCAAAAUGAUACCUCCGGUGCCCAAGGUCAAGGUAGCGUUUAACUAA